AUUGUUUUAAGAACUAAGAAAGGAACCAAGCUUAAAAACGAAGUAUGUUUGGACUGACUUCAGUUCCUCCCCGAGGCAGGAGGCGGCGCCAUGGCUAUAUCAGCCUGGCUGCUCGCUAGUCUCGGCCCUUCCAGCUGAACGUCUAGCGCUGGGUCUCCGAAGGCGUUUGCUGAAAUCAGCCAAUAGAAAAUUAGUUUAGUUGAGGGGUCUGACAGAGAUACCCAAUAAGCUUAACGUUUCUUUAAAAUGGGCGGUGCGAAGGGGCGGGACUGAGGGAAGCGGUUAGAGGUGGGAGUUGGCGCUGCCGGCGGGGCGGGGAGGGCGGGCUGCGAUGAGUACCGGGCCGCGGCGGUGACCGGAGCUGCCGCCCGACAUGAACUCGCUGGAACAGGCGGAAGAUCUCAAGGCUUUCGAAAGAAGACUUACUGAAUAUAUUCAUUGCUUGCAACCUGCCACUGGACGUUGGAGAAUGCUUCUUAUAGUGGUGUCUGUCUGCACAGCUACUGGUGCCUGGAACUGGCUAAUAGAUCCUGAGACACAAAAGGUGUCCUUCUUCACGUCAUUAUGGAACCAUCCGUUUUUCACUAUUAGCUGUAUAACUCUCAUAGGCUUGUUCUUUGCUGGAAUACACAAAAGAGUAGUGGCACCAUCAAUUAUAGCUGCUCGAUGUCGAACGGUAUUAGCAGAAUACAAUAUGUCUUGUGAUGACACAGGCAAACUAAUUUUGAAACCUAGACCUCAUGUUCAAUGACAGUCUGCACUAUUGUUAGGGAACCUAAACCAGUCUUUCCUCAAGUAAGUGAUACAGCAAAAUGCCAUCAGGGAUUCCUUUGGGAGUUGGACAUGUGACAGUUUAGCAGCAACUGACAAGAAGCAUGCAAUAUUUGCCCAGAUGAUCUUGAUGAUGCUGGCUGAGCUCUCAGCACCCGCCUCAGUACCUUUGAUUACCUGUGUUCAGUAUUAGUGUCACUUCAGCACUUCAGCCCCUGCACAGAACUCUGCAGAUGAAGUAUGUGCGUAUUACUAAGUUAAACUUAGAAACCAAACCUCCUUCAGUUUUUAUAAUGUAUUUUUGCAAACUACUGUAAAUAGCAAAUCAAUGCCAAUGUUAAACCAAGAGGAAAAUGUUUGGACUGUGUUCUCCUGCACCAGUAUUUCAGGACCCAUCUGCUCGACAUCUCCACAGCUCCUUAAACUGGCUAUUACGUGUGCCUUUCAUUCUUAACGCCUCUUCUCAUUGCGCUGCAGGAACCACAUCAGAUUCCACUUAGACUGAGCAAGUCUCAUCUCCAUUAUGUUGAAAAAUUUAUACAUGUUUCGACAAUUUUUGUUUGGCCCAAUACUGGAUUCUGCCAACUAUUAUAUUUUUCAGUAAAUUUUUUCAUUUAACACUGAAUUACUUUUUUUAAAAAAACAAUUUGUAAAAACACCCCAAAGUCUUCUGAAUGUACAAGUUAAAAAAUUAUGUAUUGUCUGGGAAUUUGAAGGUCCUUUUUAGGUGACUGGAUUUUAUGCUGUGGUAGACGUGUUUCACUAGUACUGGUGUAGCUAAUGGGCUCAGCCUAUCACGGAACACGGAACCACACCACAAACCAGAGCCUGCAAUUCUCACUGCUGGAGAGGGUUGGCGGCAUACUGUGUAUGCGCAACAGCCACAUGUACUAUGGGAGCCCUUAAAAUGAAACUGUCAGGAUUGCUGUAAAUGCUUAAAGUGCUAGAGGUGCCUUUUACCUGUUUAUUAGAAGAUUUUGAAAACAUUAAAUUACUUCAUGAGCAAUAUUUUAAAUUUCAUCCAACAUUCAACUAAAUUUGAAUAAUAGGACAAAAACGUUUAACAAAGCUGCCAUUUAACUUAAUGUGUUCAUCUUGACUUUCCUGUGUAUAAAAUUGCAUUCUCUGAAUUGCAGCAAUAAAACCCUCUGCUUCUAAGAACUCUCUAAGAGGGUGUUCUAUAUGUUCUGCAUUGUUUCAUUUUCUGUAAAUUUUGUAGGUAAAUAUGUGUAUAAAAAUAAAUACUUUAUAUAUAACUAGUGGUUAGAGAUUUUCUUUGGUUUAUUGUGUCUGCAACUAGAAAAAAAAUAUAAACAUAUUCUAUGUACCAGAUACAAGCUAAUUCC